UAAACUAAAGUAACAAGAAUCAGAUCAGAUUUAGCGCGGUCUAUUGUAGGGUCGACUAACAAAACCCACAAUGUUGCUGCACUUCGUGUUUGUUGUUGCAUUUUGCGUGCUUUUCAAAGCUCAAGCGACGUUAUGUAUCCAGUGUAACAAAUGCCAUUCUAAAGUGUCUUGGGACGAAUGUAUUAAGUUCCAAGAAGCUGUGAACUGCUCUUCGAUUUUCAAUAGAUGCCUCACUUUUCAUAAAAUACUGACUGGACCUAAUGGCAAGACCCAACAUGAAUAUCAGAAAGACUGUUACCAUGACACAAGCUGCAGAUCUUUGGAAUGCAAGAACUCCCAGUGUAACAUGGAAUGCUGUAACACAACGAUGUGCAAUGACGGCAUCACGAAAUUAUCAAAUGAAAUCCCUAUUUUAUCACCGAAAGAUAAUGAAAUCAAACAUCACAAGAAGCAAAAGGAAAAUGCUAAAAAAAAACCGCUGGAAUGUUAUUUGUGCAGUUCUGCACAUUCCUGGGAAGACUGUCACAAGAAACAAAAACUGGACAAAUGCCCAGAACAGCUAAACGUUUGUACAACAUAUCACUUGGUAUUAACUCUGCCCAGUGGAAAUCAGGAACACAAGUACAAUAAAGGAUGUUGGCACGACAAAGAAUGCUCCAAUGAACGAUGUCGACUGACUGAUGUUGAGGUCAAAGGCACGUGGUGUGACAUGCGCUGUUGUAACUCAACGAAGUGUAAUCGCGGUGGGAUUCAAAGAAAUACUGGAAGUGUAGCCCUGCAGGUCAUUGACUCAGCAAAUGCGGCUGCUAAACUAAAUCAACUUUCGAUUCUGACAGCUAUGGUGAUCUUAGUACAACUUGUCAGCGGUACCUACAUUUAGUCUCUUCAGGUCAUGUUGAAUCGUGUUGGGUACUGGACCUAGUUCCCAGACAUAUACCACUAUCAGUCAUUAAAUUAAGUCAGCAUUUGUAGUCAGCAGGCCGUUGACAUAGCACGUGAAUUAUAUGGAACAAGAACUACUUUCUCUUCUAAACUCUGCAGAAAAAGUACCUUUGGUGAUGAUGGGUGUGGUCACAUUUACGAUUGGAUAUCUUGCGAAUCCCUUCAAUUUCAAUUGAAGACUGUUGUGACGUUACAUGUACAAAGAAAUAACGAUAUCUGGAAAACGAAAUAACUGCCCUCUAUCAAAGAAAAACUCUUUCAUUAUGAUAAUAGUGUAAAUACAUGAUAUAAGUUGAAAUUAAUCUUGGAAACAAUAUUGUUAAUUGAUAAACUUAAUUGUAAAUAUAUGUAUAUAUAUCUAUCUAUCGUGAAAUAAAGAAUCACAUUGAUUGCUCCGUUUUCCUCUCCAUGGCAAGUCCAUUUCAACAAAUUUAGUUUCCGUUGAAUAUUGUGUUAAAAUGAAAGAGCACGUGUAAACUGGAUGACAUUUUGUUGUACAUAGAUAUUUUUGUGUGAAUAAAGUCCAUCAAUACUAUA